CAGUUACUGAAUAUGUUAGGGUUGGAAUUGCGUUUUCAUACGAUUGUUGCCCAAGCCUUCGUCAUGGUAGAUUUUUCAAUUUUUGGGUCUUCUCUUUUAUGAGUAUAACCUGAAGGAGCUGUAUAGUGAUGCAUUAUGUCUGAUAUGUCGGCAUCACAAAAGAAAGCAAAUAAGUUGUUUAUGUCGCUCAAGGAAGGAGAGAAAAAGCCAUUUGACCUUUUACGCAGUGUAUAUGACGGGUGCAUUGCUGGAGGUGCUGCUGGUGUUGUUGUAGAAACAACUUUGUAUCCAAUUGACACUAUAAAAACUCGACUCCAGGCUGCCCGUGGUGGAGGGAAAAUCAUUUUAAAGGGUCUAUAUUCUGGAUUGGCUGGAAAUCUUGCUGGUGUCUUACCAGCGUCUGCGAUUUUUGUUGGUGUAUAUGAACCCACAAAACUGAAACUGCUAGAUUCCCUGCCUGGAAAUCUCAGUGCUGUUGCUCAUUUUGUUGCAGGUGCCAUUGGUGGUGUGGCUUCUUCUCUUGUUCGUGUUCCAACUGAGGUUGUUAAGCAAAGAAUGCAAACUGGACAGUUCAGUUCAGCUCCUGCUGCUGUCCGUCUCAUUGUUGCCAAGGAGGGUUUCAAAGGUCUCUAUGCGGGAUAUGGAUCCUUCCUGUUGCGAGAUUUGCCAUUUGAUGCCAUACAAUUUUGCAUAUAUGAGCAGCUUCGGAUAGGUUAUAAGUUAGCGGCCAAAAGAGAUCUAAAUGAUCCAGAGAAUGCUAUGCUUGGUGCUUUUGCUGGUGCUGUAACAGGAGCAGUUACAACUCCUCUGGAUGUUGUAAAAACCAGAUUGAUGGUUCAGGGAUCACAAAACCAGUACAAAGGUAUUAGUGAUUGUGUGAGAACAAUAAUCAAAGACGAAGGAACUCAAACUCUCUUCAAGGGUGUGGGGCCAAGAGUUUUGUGGAUAGGCAUUGGAGGUUCAAUUUUCUUUGGUGUUCUUGAGAAGACAAAGCAAAUUCUUGCCCAGAGGCACCAGCAAAAUGAGGCCGAGAGGCCAGUUUCUCCUAGCUCCAGAAUGAGCUGAUUCUCUAACUCCACUAGUUUUGUAUCAUCCACGCCCUUAUAUUUAGAAAAUUCAUCAAUUUCUUUAACCUUAAUUCGUAUGAUACCAUUCCUAAAGAGGGUGGAGAAAUGCAAGUUCGGCUGUAAUAACCUUGUGCACGUUACGUUUUUAGCCCAAAAGGCUCGAGAGAAGAUUUGUUGAGUAAUAACGUAAAAAAAGGGCCCCGAAGUUAGAUUUGAAUUGUUUAAAAUAAGUGAUGCUCCUUUUUGUUAGAGUAACAUCAAAAGAGCCCAAGCCCAUCACUGAUGCAGGCUAUUAGUCCGGCCCAUUUCCAUAGGGCUACGUGUCCCUAUUCUCUCAUGUAUUGCCUUUAUAUAUCAAGUACUGUACAACCCUGCAAAUCAUUAAAAUUAAAUGAAAUAUUCAGAUUCUU